AUGUGGUUCAUGUACGCGCUGAGCUGGCUCGCGCUCCUCAUCCAGGCCGCCUUCGUCACCCUCGGCAUCGCUCCGCCCCCCCCCCUGCAGUGUUUGGGUUCUGAGGGGGGGUCUCGGGGUCCGCGCUUGCUGACCGAAGCCCCUUCUCUCUUCCCCCCCGCCCCCAUUUUGGCAGUGCUGGUUGUGCUGAACCAUUACCUGGCCUUUCAAUACUUUGCAGAGGAAUAUUAUCCCUUUUCAGAGGUCCUGGCCUACUUCACCUUCUGCCUCUGGCUCAUCCCUUUUGCCUUCUUCGUCUCCUUGUCGGCUGGCGAAAACGUCCUGCCUUCCACCGUGCAGCCUGGAGACGACGUGGUCUCCAGCUACUUCACCAAAGGCAAGCGAGGGAAACGUUCCGGCAUCCUCCUGGUCUUCUCCUUCGUCAAGGAAGCCAUCUUGCCUAGCCGACAGAAGAUGUACUGAGCGCCUCCCCCUCCAGGAAACCCCCAGAUGUUUGUUCUUUCCCCCCCUUCCCCUUCUACCGGCCACACGCCUGCCUUCCUCCCCGGAAAGGGGGGACCGUUCUGAGCCUCCGCGUCCCCCUUUGUUCCUUACCUUGGGGUGGAGAAAAUGGGGAAGAGCCGCCAGGUGUGUGUGUGUGGGAGGGGAAGAGCUGGGCGUCCCAAGAUCCCUCCCUUUCCUGGGGGUGGCUGGGCAAGGGGACGAGGGUGGGGACCUCCCCGUCACCCGCCCCUCUCAAUGGGGUCCCCGAUGAGCUCCUAGGCAGGCAGUCGGGGUAGGAAAUGGGGUGGGGGCGUCGCAACGUUUCCCAAGCUCUCCGCUGCUGGACUUCUUCCGAAGUUUUUGAGAGGAAUCUUCCCAGGGCGGAAAAGACCAAGUGGACUUCUUCAGAUAUCGCCUUCUUCCGUACCGGGCUGACCUGACUGAGCCAGACUGUCCGGCCAGGAACAAUCCGGAGUCUUCGUUCUCCUUCCUUCACCGCGCUGGGAGGUUCCCCCCUCCGGGAGGCUGACUCAACUUUCGGUUUCGGUUCUUGUUUUUUUUUUGUUUAAAAAAAAGGGGAACCAGGAAGGAUGGUUCUGCGUGGGGGUGUGUGUGUGAAAAGCAAAGCUGCAUUUAGCCCAGAAGACUGCUGGCAUCUCCUCCCUCCCCUCUCCCCGCCACUAGGACUACAACUGUGGGGUGAAAAUCGAACUGUACCCCGAGGUUGGGGAAGGAACCAAGAUGGCGUGGGGGGG